AUGGAUUUGACGGACACUGCUACGGAAACGUUGAAGACUGCACUGUCUGCUCCGCUGCCCGAUUCUGACGAUGAGAGCACUGCCGCCCCUCGGCCACGCGGACGCAGCGGGAAACAGAAGAGGAGGGCACCAGCUGCGACGGCUGCUGCUCGCAGCUCGCCGAUUGAGAAGAGGGCCAAGCAAGACUUCGCCCCUGACGCUGACGGUUUCGUCCCGGCCCGGCGCACUGCAAGACGCAUGCUGUCAUCGACGACGCCACCAACUGUCGUCGCCAACUCCUUCGAUGCGCUCGAGGACGCGCCGGACCCGCCGCCGAGCAAUCCUGCGCCGAAGACAGACUCCCAUCUUCCGCCGGUGGUUCUUCAGUUUCGGCCGCCCUAUGGAGAACUGCAGAAGCUGUUGCGCAGCUGGACAACGGCCGUGUACACCGUGAAGCCUGCGGGGCGAGACCUAUACAGGGUCACACUCCGCACUGCUGAUGACUAUCGCCGGGUCACGCAGGAGGCGUCUGAGCGUGGUAUCCCUUUCUAUACCCACGCCUCCGCCCCUGACAAGGUCCUGAAGAUCCGUGGCCAAACACCAGCGCCACAUCAGAAGAAGCUCGCAACGAGGCGGCCAGGCGUCUCUUUCGCGGCGGCUACGUCAGGGACGUCCUCCGCCGCCCCGGCUACGUCGGUUCCUGCUCCCGCCGCAUCCGAGGCCGUACCGACACCGGAGGCUCCUGCGCCUCCACCACCGCAGCCAGUGGCGGUACCGGGUACUGCCUCUCCCGGGCCGUCGGCCGGACCGCGCCCCACCAACCGCCGGCGCGGGGGUCACCGACCAGUGGGCACCCAACGCUCAGCACCGUCUGUCGAGCAGCCCCAGGUGGACUCUCACAGCGAAGCAGCCACGCCCCCCCUUUCCUGCGCCGGGGCCGCGCCGGCUGUCUCCACCGCUGACCUGGCCAACCUCGUCGCGCAGCUCACAGCCCUGGUGACCAGUGCUACGAAGUUGAUUGACGUCCUGUCGCAGCAACUCACCGCUGCAGUGCCGAUGGCCUCUCCGGCCCCAACCGCUGCCAACACUCAACAGCCGCACCAUGGGCAGCGUUAG